AUUUUAGGGUUUCAUGGCUUACAGCGAGAGAUUGUCCGCAGGGUUGGACGGGUUGAGGGUAAAAAUCACACACCAAGCAACAGGUAACCUGAACAUGGACGAUUUAGGACAAUCGCUGAGAGAAGGUCUGGGCACAUUGGGCUCCAUGUCAGUAAAAGGGUUCGACAGAGCUAAACAGUUCUCCCAAGAGAAGAUGGGAAACGCUGUCAAGACCGAGUUCGACCUGGAGUAUAUCCAGCUGUCUAGCCGUGUUGAGGCUACCCAGACCAACAUCAACAAGUCAGCUAACGCCGCCAGGAACUUCCUCCAACCCAACGCUGCAGCCCGUCUCGAGGACAUGUUCAACGAGAAGGUCACUGCCGCUGAAACUAGUACUAACGCUAACCUCAGAGACAUCGCUGGCAAAAUACCCAUAAGGUUAGGAGCUUGGCCCUGGUCUGGCAGAGAAAAGACUGCAACUGGCUAUAACUUUGAAAAUGGGAGAGGCAAUGCUCUGGAGACCAGGAGCACUUACUCUGAAAUUCUUGGCACUCAUAUGAAGUCUGGAGGGACUGAGAUCGGAGAUAACACUCAGAUCGGAGGGUCCCUGGUGGAGGUGGGAGACACCUUUAUCAGGAUGGGAAAGAUGGAGAAGGAGUACCUGAAGGACGUUUAUGAUAACUUCUUCAAACCCUUCUCAAACCACCUCCAGGUUGAGUGGACGAACAUCAACACAGAGAAGCGCAGACUAGAUCUUGCGAGGCUUGAUUUAGACGCUGCCAAAAGUAAAGUUAGGGGCGCUAGGACGCCUGAAGCUAUGCAGCAAAAUGAACAGAAGGCGAUUCCCAUACCCGAGUAUCUGUGCACCCAGGUCCGGGAGUCCCAGGCUGCGUUUGAUCGCCAGUACGAGCAGACCAAGAUACUCCUUACUGACGCUGACAGAAAGUCUGCUGAGUUUACCAACCACUUAGAGGAACUGGUCAGGAGUCAGAUAAACUUCCAUGAAAAUGCAAAGAAACUGUUGGAGGAGACUUAUGCCAAGAUGAAGAAAUAAGUUGAGAGCCUCCACUACUCAAACUGUUCCCUGUUUUAAAGAUAACCCCUUUCGUUGGUCUUACUGGACAAUCGAUUCACCUGGAGUUCCCAAAUUUUGCAUGGUAAAAGUAGGAAAGAAAAUGGUUUUAUUAAUUCACACAGUUAUUACUUGGGAAAAUUUUAGUAGAGUUGAAAGUUUUGUACGAUAUCCAACUUUCAAAUUUGAUUUCGGUCGCAAAAGUCACUUGUAGUUUUGAUAAUUUCCUUGGUUUUUCUUGCUGAAUAUCCUACUGUUUUAGAUUUUGUUGAACUCCAUGCAGUUGAUGUCUAAAAUUUAGAUUUGUACUUGAUAUUAAUUGUUUCAAUGCUUUUGACAGUUUAUAUUGAGGCGUUCAGUGCCAAAAAUAUUGAGGUCCACAAUUACGAUGAGUUUCAUGUUUUAAAUAAUUAUUAACUCUGCUUGAUGCUGUAAAAUGUAACUUAAUUAAUCAUAGUGUCUUGCGAUUGAUGUGAUUUAAAUUGUGAAGAAAAUUUUAUUGAAUUAACUUUUAUGUAAAAUAAGGAGAUAUUCAUGAAUUCGUAAGGGAGUAUAUUGACAAUAAUUUUCCCGUAAUACAUUGGUGCUGGCAUCUGUGAUUGUUAACUUUAUUGGAAGUAAGUGUUAUUUACAUCCUUUCAAUACGAUAUAA